CUUUUUGUGUUUCCCGCACCGUCAAUCAAAAUAGAAAAAAAUCGACCCGAAUUCACCGAUCAACACUAGCCCGCCUUUGAUAAAAUAAUCAUGUUUGGAGUUUAGUUGAUCAGAUAAUCCUCCCGGUUACUACCACUCACGCUAUGACUGGUACGUAAACAUUUAUCGCAUCGAAGCGUGCAACUAAUCGCGCCAGAGCAGCCUCUGAAACAAGGAGAAAUGGCGUCCGCGGACGUGGACAGCAGUCAAAGCGAGUUUCUGCAACCCGGCGGCGCAGCGGAAACACAGACGACAGAUAUGUCAGCCAUUCAGCUGACGGGUUCAGACCGGUGGGAGGUGUUAACUCCAGUUUCGACCGGGAAGGAAGACCAAGGAGUUGUUCACAUUCCAAACUCGGGGAUUGUAACGUCCAACGGGCAGUACGUGCUUCCUAUCGGGAGUCUUCCCAGUCAGCCCAUUUAUGUUACAGCAACUGGGAAUGAGGCCUCAGCCAACGGAGUGUCAGGCAUCCAGUAUCAGGUCAUCCCCCAAAUCCAGAACGCAGAUGGGACACUUGCAGGGUUCUCCACACAGGGAUUGGAUGACGGCACGGGGCAGAUCCAGCUCCUCCAAGAUGGCAGCCAGGGCAGCAUCGGAAUCAGCUGUGCCACGACAACGGCCACAGACCUCCUGACGCAGGCGGGGCAUGUACAGUCGAUCCAAGGCGUCUCGCUGACUGGGGGGUCGGCAUACACGAGCACGGUACCCGUAGGGCUGCCCGGCAACAUAACGUUCGUCCCUAUAAACAGUUUGGAUCUGGAGUCUCUAGGGCUGACCGGAGCACAGACGCUCCCCAUUGCAACAGGGGUAACGGCCGAAGGUCAGCUGAUCAUGAGUGGUCAGACACUGGAGAGUCAGGGUCAGGACGCUGGCGCCAAACAUUCGCUGGUGACGGUGAGCGACGCCAGCGGCAACCAAGAACUCUACGUGCCAACCACCACCACUUCCUCCUCAAACUCCUCCCAUCUUCCGGAGACCAUCGACGGCACCGGGGUCCUGACCCAAGCGACCGCCGUGUCUGCAGGCGUGUCCGACCCCUCCUCUUCGGCGAACUACAACUCCCACAACCACCUGCAGCAAAUCCAGGUCUCAUCCGCUAAUGCCACCACUAUCUCGCAGCCUAUCCUGCAGCUGUCUGGGGACAGUCAGGCCCAGGUAGCCCAGGUGGCUCAGGGUCAAGACAUGAAUGCAGGAGGUCAAACUCUACAGAGUGUGCAGUUGGUCAACCCGGGGACCUUCCUCAUCCAGGCCCAAACUGUCACCGCUACGGGACAGAUCCAGUGGCAGACCUUCCAGGUUCAGGGAGUCCAGUCACUGCAGGGGCUCCAGCUGCCCCAGGGGCAGGGGCAGGCCCAGCAGCUGACCUUAGCCCCGGUCCAGACCCUCCCUCUGGGCCAGACAGGCCAGGUCAGCCUGCCCAACCUCCAGACAGUCACUGUGAACUCUGUAACACAAUCUGGGAUUCAUUACACACAAGGGGACGAUGCGAACAGCCCAGCUGGUAUGGGACACCUGCUGCACACAAACGGUAUCCAGAUAAAAGAAGAGCCAGACUCUGAGGAGUGGCAGCUGAGCGGAGAUUCCACGCUGAACCCCAGCGACCUAAACAACCUUCGUGUUCAGAUGGGAGAUGAGGACAUGGAGACGCCGAGCGGGGAGGGCAAGAGGCUCCGCAGAGUGGCCUGCACCUGCCCUAACUGCAAAGAGUCUGGGGGAAGAGGUUCAGGCAUGGGGAAGAAGAAGCAGCACAUCUGCCACAUCGUCGGUUGCGGUAAGGUUUAUGGGAAGACGUCUCAUCUCCGAGCUCACCUGCGCUGGCACAGCGGCGAGAGGCCCUUCGUCUGCAACUGGAUGUUCUGUGGGAAGAGGUUCACCAGGAGCGACGAGCUGCAAAGACACAGGAGGACACACACAGGAGAGAAGAAGUUUGUGUGCACAGAGUGCUCCAAGAGGUUUAUGCGGAGCGACCACCUGGCCAAGCACAUAAAGACUCACCAGAAUAAAAAAGGCGUUCCCUCCACGUCUCCGCCCACCACCGACACGGUCAUCACCGCCGACGGAACCACGCUCAUCCUGCAGACCGCCACCACCCACGACCUCGUAGGCAAUCAGGAGAUCCCUUUACAGCUGGUCACGGUGGCGCCCGGUGAGGUCAUGGAAUGAGGGGGGGUGAGGUGGUUUUUUUGAGAACUGACCUAUCACAGGGACCUCUUGGGCUUUUCUCUUUCCCUCUUACCUUUUUUUUUGUUUGUUUUUUACAUAUGAAUAUAUACGUAAAUAUAUAUGACAAAUAUAUAUAUUUUAAGUAAGAGUUAUCAUGACUUUAUGUUUGUUUUUUGCAGUCUUUUUAUAGGCGGGCAAAAAAAUAACAUUAAAAUGUGGUCACUAUGUACACGCAUAAACACACUUGCAGCACACACACACACACACACACACACACACACAAGAAAACAUGUAUUAACACUCAACACAAUGAAAUGCCUUAUUUUGUAUCAUACUCUUGUAUAAAAUGCUGGAGGUGCAUGUGUUUUUUAAGCUUCGCAGAUGAUGUAACUGUAAUGGAGAUAAAUGUGUUUGUGAAACGGAGAUGAGGUGGGAGUUUCUGAAAGAGAGGAAAGGAAAGUUGUGAACCUCUCUGGGAUGAUUUUGAAUUUUUGUCUCCGGAGAGUCCCGACAAAACCGAGCGGUCUGGUUCUUUUUUUGGAAGAAGCACUGCAUCCACACUGAACUGUUGCUGCCACCAUGAAACAAAUGCUUUUGUUUUUUAAAGGAAUAGUUCAACAAUUUGGGACGUAAUGCUCAUUCGCUCUCUCAGGGAAACUUGGAUGAGAUUGAUACCAUUUCCACAUGUGAGUAGUAUCAGUCUCCUCUAACUCUCGUUAAGAAAGAAAAUGAGCGUUUUGCCCGAAUAUGUAACUCUUCCUUUAAUAAACCCGCAGUAACUGUCGCCCCAAUCACUGACAGCCAACAGGACGGUUACGCUGGUGUCGUGCUGUGCCGAUUCGAGCUGCGCGGGAGGUUCAGCUGGUGGUCAGAGUAGGACGACAGUGCCACUGUUAACUGAUCUGAAGUUGGUGUUUUCUGCCCCGAGGCUAAGGGGGGUGGGGGGGGGACAGAUGCAAGCCGCUCUGAAAAAAAAAAAAGAGCAACUUCUUCCAGCAUCUGGUCAGUCUGAACAGAAUGUCUCAUCUGUCCUCGCGAGCACACCGUCCGCUGUGCUUUCCCACAUCAAAAAAACGUCUUUUUAUUUUUCUUCCUGCAUAUUUUUGUUUUUUUUGUUGUAAAUUCACAUUGUAUUUCAGUUUCCUGUCUCUUCGCCGAUCUGUCAACUAAAUCGAAGCCACAUGAUGGUGAGCGUAGAUUUUUUUUUUUUUAAAGUGUAGAGUGGUUACCUCUGAAUUCCUGCAGGGCUCUUUGUCGUCAUGGUCACUUUUGCACAUGGCUACAGGAGGAGAACACGCACCAUUUUCGCCAUGUGAAGAAAAAAACAAAACCGUAUGCAACAAAUCAGUAAGCCCUCGAGGCAGCCUUGUCAUCGAACAUUCCAGUUGGACACCAGAUGACGAGGGAUUAGUUUCGCAAUAACUGCUCCGUUGGUAAUUCUGGCCAGAUGUCAUUCAAGUUAAAAAGGAAAACAAUCAUGCCAUUGUUUUGUUGUUUUUUUUUUUUAUUAUUUUAAUUAAUGUAAUCCCUUUCCUCAGUUUGUCCUUGUUUGUAGCAUUCAUUUACAUGUAUAUUAUCUUAUUUUCACAUUGUUUAUAGAAGCCAUUACUUAGUUAACUAAAUUUGUUGUAUCAAAACCUUAUUUUAAGUGAUUUUUUUAAAGAAUUGGUGUAAAAAUUGAAUGUUACCUUUUGUAAAACCUUUUUUCAAAUGGAUCACAAUAAAAGUCUGAAACCUUCCA